AAGUUGACACGGGUCGUUAGAGGUCACGUGAUCUGAGCUCACGAUGUCAAAUUUAACUCAGUCAGGGGAACAAACAAAUUAACGUGCUUAUCUUAGUUUUUGAGAAAAUCAAAUUCGGACCAAAAGUAACUUUAACUUUGACACGAGAAGACGAAUGAAUUCUGCCAAAGUUUAAGGCUCUGAGUGAACUUUUUGAGACGAUGGUCAAGAGAAAGCGAGAGGAUGAUUUCGAGAAUUCCGAGGCACCGGCGGCAAAACAAGCGAACACUCUGCGAGAUGAAGCUGAGGCAGAAAAGGAGAUCUACUCGGCUGCAGAAUACCAGCUUCGGCAAGUGAUGAACGACUUCGUGCGCCUAUAUGAGCGCCUAAACCCAGAGGACGACCCCUCCACCAAGCCUAGUUAUUCUUACAGCGAACUGGUGUUUCUGGCAAUCCUACGAUCCCCAAACUUUUGUCUGCCCAUCGGAGAAAUCUACAAAUAUAUCCAGGCCCGCUUUUCCUUCUUCCGGACCUCCAGCAGGCAGCACUGGAAGAAUGCCGUCAGACACAGCUUGUCAAAAACCAAGUGUUUCUCCAAAAUCUCGGUAGGGCGAGGCGUCGCCGUAACCAAGAAGCUUCAUAAGGCAACCUAUCUGUGGUGCCUUGUUCCUUCCAGCAUUAUCAGUUUUGCUCGAGGUGACUAUCGACCAACGUCCGACAGGAAAAUGGAGUGUGGUUAUUACAGCCUCAAUGCAGGGCAGUUUUGGGGACAGGUGGCUAUCUACUUGGAGAGGAAGUUAGCGGCGUUCAGGAGAAUAAUUUCCCACAGCAGUCGACCCGGGGAAAUUUUUGAAGAACAACUUUGUAAAAUACCCAGCAAAGAAGAAAUUGUUCAGAGAGAAAACUAUUUUGAGAGACAGCAUUUGGAACAGGACCGAAACGUCAUGUCACUUGACCAACAGGCUGUCGUCUUGGAAGAAAAUGUUAACAUCAGUCAGACGGCGAAGAAAGAGUCAAACAGCACAGGGGAUGAAACGUCAACAAAAGUUCUUAAUUUGACCAAUAACCGCAAUGCCAGCACCAGUGAAAAGGAUGACAGUGGUAUUGUUUCUGAUGUUUUCGUUUCCAACACCAGCGCUGACAUCUCGCUUACAGACGCAAACGUGAUCGAACACUCCCUCAAUCUCCUGCUGAAAAAAGAUGGCGAUUUGACACAGACGUCAUCUCCGGUCACCAGUAGUGUGACGUAUCUGGGACAGAGCAGUGAUCAGGACGACAGAAGAACGCCAGAGUUACCCGACUUAAGGAAUGUCAGUCCCCUGAAUUUAUCUCCAAUUUUAUCAACCGAUCCUCAGGAAAUGCCAGAAGAGUCUUCCAAAAUGUCUAUGCACGUGGGCUAUUCAACACCGCAUGGAUACAGACUUCCGCCUCCGUAUGAUCCUGUUAUGACGUCACAGCCAAUCGCGUAUCAUCACAAUUCACUUUAUCCAUAUCCUGCGUUUGGAGACGAGAAUGGUUUCCCUUUCGGAUUACCCCCCUUGUAUCAGUAUGCCCACCAUUACGAUUCUGGCGGAAACCAAGAAUACUGUUUUUAGUGCUAAUGAAAACAUUUUAUUUUACUGGGAAAACAGUGCUUGAAUUUUUAUAUCAUUUACUAGAAAAUUGUAUAGAAAUUGUACAUUAUCACUUUCAAAUUUUUAUAAUUGCCUGAUUUAUAUGUUUUACAAAGAUAAUGUUUCAUUUAUUUUGUAAAUAUUUUAAAUGUGUACUUUUUUAAU